CUUUAGAGUAAUUUUGUGCCAGUAAAAUUACAUUGAUAUUCAUUCAGACUUAUAUGACAAGAGGGCGUGGAAGUGUAGUAUUGCUACUAUAGCCAUCCCAUCGUGAUAAGAUCCUGAGAUUGUAUAUAUUGUCAAUGUCCUGAUAACCGAAUCUGUUGGUAAAUCUAUACGAUGGAGAGAAACAUGUUCAGUUUUAAACGAUUAUGGACGUUCACAGGUCCUGGAUUCUUAAUGAGUAUUGCCUAUCUGGAUCCUGGAAAUAUAGAGUCAGAUUUGCAAAGUGGUGCAAUCGCUAAUUAUAGACUUCUAUGGCUUUUACUCCUAGCUACAUUGAUGGGAUUAUUUCUACAACGUCUGGCUGCUCGUUUGGGUGUAGUGUCAGGUAGACAUUUAGCAGAAGUAUGCUAUGAUGAAUAUCCUACGCCGGCACGUAUUAUACUAUGGAUUAUGGUUGAGGUUGCAAUUAUUGGGUCAGAUAUGCAAGAGGUGAUUGGUACUGCUAUAGCUAUAAAUUUAUUAAGUUUUGGUUAUAUACCUUUAUGGGCUGGUGUACUUAUCACUAUUUUGGAUACUUUCACUUUUUUAUUUCUUGAUAAAUAUGGUUUACGUAAAUUAGAGUUCUUUUUUGGACUUUUAAUAACUAUUAUGGCUGUGACAUUUGGUUAUGAGUAUAUUGUUGUAAAACCCGAUCAAGUAUCUCUUUUACGCGGAUUAUUUGUGCCUUCUUGUCCUGGUUGUGGUUGGCCUGAAUUGGAACAAGCUGUUGGUAUCCUCGGUGCUGUUGUAAUGCCUCAUAAUUUUUACUUACAUUCUGCUCUUGUUAAAUCACGUGAUAUAGAUCGAAGUAAUCCAUUUUUGGUUCGUGAAGCGAACAUGUAUUACUUCAUUGAAUCAACCAUUGCAUUAUUCGUUUCUCUUAUGAUAAAUAUAUUUGUUGUAUCAGUAUUUGGUGCUGGGUUCUAUGGUAAAAAUGUUAAACAAGUGAUUGAGAAUUGCACACUUGAAGGUAAAAUUCCUGUUCGUUUUACAAAUGCUGCUUCUAGUUUUGAUCCAAACAGUGUUGAUUUGUACACAGGAGGAAUAUUUCUAGGUUGUGAGUUUGGUCUCGCCUGUCUUUUCAUUUGGGCUAUCGGUUUAUUGGCUGCUGGGCAGUCGUCUACAAUGACUGGGACAUAUUCUGGACAGUUUGCUAUGGAAGGUUUUUUAAACUUAAAAUGGAAACGCUGGCAACGAGUGUUAAUAACGCGUUCUAUAGCUAUUUUGCCCACGAUUUUAACGACUGUUUUUCGAGGCAUUGAAGAUUUAACUGGAAUGAAUGAUUUCUUAAAUGUACUAAUGAGUGUUCAACUGCCAUUUGCUGUUAUUCCAUUGUUAACAUUCACUAGUAGUAGAUCAGUUAUGGCUGAAUUUAAAAAUUCUCUCAUAAACUAACCUUUUCGUAUGUUUACAAAAAGGUAGGGGUGAACAAUGCAUGCUACUACAUAUAACUAUUUUACAUUCUGGAUAAUUUGUAACUGAGUUUUAUUAUAAUCUUUACUAAAUGAUUAAACUCAUUUUCCAUUAUUCUGUUAUAAUAAUGAUUUUGGUAAUAUAUUGAAUCAAAUGAAAUAACAUUUUCAUCUCCCCUCCUUCACUGGUCUAUUUUUAUCAAAACGAGCAAAUUUUGUUAAAAGUUUAAAAUGAUUGCUUGUCACUGCGAACAAUUAAAAUGUACAGUUUCUUGUUUACUCCUGAAUAGGAGGAAAACUUGCGUUAAUAAAUGUUACCAGUAUAACGUGGUACAUUCGAUUCUUUGACAUGCAGAUAUUGAUUAGUACUGAAUAUCAGCUUUUCUAUCAUGUAGCUAUCAACAGUUUGAUUUGAUACAUCUUUUUAUACUUCAACAAAUAGUGAUCUAAAACUGUCUAGUAUUUGCCUUACUUUGUUGACUUACUCCGAGUUUUUGGAUGAAUUAAUCAGAAUUAAGGUAGCUCCUCUUAAAUGUUUACGGGAAAUUUAUUGAUCUGUAGGGCUACAAAGCAUUUUUGCACUGUAGCUAAUGUCAGUUCGCAAUGGAAACACUAACCAUAAACUCCUAACCUUAACCCUGAGUACCUGACUCUAUGAACAAUAUAGAAAAUCUUAAAAAUGUAUUUGGAUCCUUAUACGAGAUGUAGAUGACGGAUUAUAUAUAUAUAUAUAUCUAUAUAUAUAAUGUUAACAUUUGUAGUUUUAAGUCAUAUUUCCUCACCGCCAACAUCGUCACCUAUCGCAGUUAUUAUGUAGUUAUCUGUUGUUUGUAAAUAUUUGUCAUUAAUUUUUCUUCAUAAAAGCAUGCUAAUCAAUCUUUUUAGUUUUUUUCACAAUAUGAUUUAUAAUUGUCACAUUCAUGCAUCUUUUUACUGUUCAUUGAAAUUUUACUACAUUUUCUUGCAUAAUAUAACCAAUGGUUUGUGUUUUGCAUUUCAAUGUCUAUAAUUGUUUCUCUUUCUUCUUCUACUGCCUUCUUUAUAGUCCGGUUUCAAUUGUUGCUAAUUUAAUAUCCAUAGCAGUUGUGUCAAUUAAUCUAUUCUUGGGUAGUGUUGUAAUUAAAGCACGUCUACCGCAUCAUUGGGCAGUAUAUUUAGGCAUGGGAUUAUUAUUCGCGUGUUAUUUAGGGUUUGUAUUUUACUUGAUUUGGUUCGGAUUUAUUCAUGUAUGGCGUUCAAGAAGGACUCCUACAACAGUUGUUACAUUGAGUAUGGAUAGAUCUCUUUCAGUGAUUGACGUUGGUGCCACGGCUGUUCCUAUUAAUGGUGAGGGCGGUAAUCGACCGACCAAUGAGAAAACUCUCCAUAAUACAAUGGUUCUUUCUUAGAAAUUAUACGAUACAAAAGGAUUUGAAAAAAAUAAUUUAGCCAAAUAACAGUACUUAGCAGGAAGAGAACUUUUCGCCAAUUAAAUCUUGUCUUUCUAAUUCAUCCAUAUUAUUAUUAUUAUUAUUAUUAUUAUUACUACUUCCAUAGUAUUUGUAUUUAAUAUAAUGAUAUUUUUCCAGAUUGUUAUGCUACUAUCAGAGUAUAUUUGGCCUUAAAUUACAUUUUAUUUAUUAAUUUAUGGAAUAGUAAGCAAUUGGGAAGUAAUAUGAUUUUCGUUUUGUCAAUCGAUCUAUUUACACACUGUUUUUAAUCUUGCUAUGAGUCACAUUUAUUUCGAAUUGUUUGAUAUGCUGAAAGUUUUUACAAUAUAUAUAUUGAGAUAUGC